CCUCUCGGCAUUCGAGUCCUCAUUCGCCAAUCUCGUCCGUUGUGUGGACCAUCACUGCUUCAAUGGGAGAAGUGCCCGGCACAAGACGACGUUCGCCAGGCGAGGAGCCCCAGGAUUUCGGCUGGGUGAAGCAUGCUUUCACUCGCCGCGCUAGACGCUUCUUCUCCACACCGAACGGCAUCAUGGGGUCGUAUGGCAGGUUGGUACGUGCGUGUUGGAGUUGCUCGAACCUGCGUUGUCCGUCUGGUGUGCUCCAGGAUUCUUUGGUCCUGGGCUUUAAAGGCAUCAUGCCCGUCGCGUGAAGGAUAGGAUCUGCACGAAGCUCCUCCUCUUCAUUCUCCUCCGCGAGAAUAGGGCCAGACAGAGAACGAAAUCUCGCACACCUCUAGCAUACGUGAUCGUUCAGUAGGGGCUGUCACGAUGUAUACCAUUGGGAAUUACUACUUCAUCGCCGCCAUCGCAGUUAUCGGUGGCGGCCUCUUUGGCUUCGACAUAUCGUCCAUGAGUGCCAUUCUCGGCACCAGCGCCUACAAAUGCUAUUUCAAUCAGGGUGACACACCGUGCUCCGGCCCCAGAGCGGACGUGCAGGGUGGCAUCACUGCCUCCAUGGCCGGUGGCUCCUGGCUCGCUGCGCUAUGUUCUGGCUUCAUCACUGAUAUCUUCGGCCGCAAGAAGGCCAUUAUGAUCGGCUCCAUCAUCUGGAUCAUCGGCAGCGUCAUCGUGUCCGCAUCGCAAAACAUCGCCAUGCUCAUCGUCGGCCGCAUCAUCAACGGCUUUUCCGUCGGUAUCUGCUCCGCUCAGGUUCCUGUCUACAUCUCCGAGAUGGCACCACCCAGCAAGCGCGGUCGUCUCGUCGGCGCCCAGCAGUGGGCCAUUACGUGGGGUAUCAUGAUCAUGUUCUACAUCUCGUACGGGUGUUCCUUCAUCAACGGAACUGCCGCUUUCAGACUUCCUUGGGGCCUGCAGAUGAUACCCGCCAUGCUACUCUUCGUUGGCUUGCUCUUCCUGCCUGAAUCCCCUCGAUGGCUUGCCCGCAAAGAUCGCUGGGAGGAUUGCAUGUCUGUCUUAGUCCUUGUCCAUGGAAAGGGCGAUCCCAACUCACCCUUCGUUGCGCGCGAGUACGAGGAGAUCAAGGCAUAUUGCGAGUUUGAGCGCCAGAAUGCAGAUGUCACCUACUGGGAGCUAUUCUACCCGAAGAACAUCAACAGAACGCACAUUGGUGUCUUCACUCAGAUAUGGUCUCAACUGACGGGAAUGAACGUCAUGAUGUACUACAUCACGUACGUCUUCGCUAUGGCCGGUCUCAAAGGCAACAACUUGCUCGUCUCUUCGUCGAUCCAGUACGUCAUCAACGUCGUCAUGACCGUACCUGCCCUGCUGUAUGUGGAUCGCUGGGGUCGUCGCCCGACGCUGCUCAUCGGUGCUCUUUUCAUGGCCAUCUGGCUUUUCGCGGACGCCGGCAUCCUUGCAACCUAUGGCACAUAUGAGCCUGACGGCGUCGACGGGGUUAAAGAGGCGUCAACUCUCGUCCACGGUGCACCGGCUAAAGCCAUCAUCGCUUGCUCAUAUCUCUUCGUUGCCUCCUUUGCUCCGACUUGGGGCCCCGUCUCUUGGAUCUACCCACCCGAACUUUAUCCUCUGCGUGUCCGUGGCAAGGCUGUUGCGCUGUCCACUUCGGCCAACUGGGCGUUUAACUUCGCUCUCGGUUACUUCGUCCCGCCCGCAUUCGUCAACAUUCAGUGGCGCACAUACAUCAUCUUUGGCGUUUUCUGUGUUGCCAUGUUCAUUCACGUCUUCUUUAUGUUCCCGGAGACAGCAGGCAAGUCUCUCGAGGAGACAACUGCCAUUUUCGAAGAUCCGCACGGUAUCAAAUACAUCGGAACCCCCGCCUGGAAGACCAGAAAUACCUACAGACGUAUCGCAAAGGCGGAGCGUGGUGAUUUGUCCGAUAUGGAGGCUCAUCCAUCGGUCGGGGAAAAGGAUGCGAAGAUGUCUGAAGAUCACUCUCCCGAGAGACGCGUUGUUGCCGAGGAGAAGGCUUAAAGAACGCUGGCUCACGUCCCCUUUCAAUAUAGAUAUUGAACACUGAAUUUUAUGAAUUGGGUUUAUUUUGCAA